UAGCAGAACAAACUAUGAGAGAAGUGACACAGAAUCAACAGGAAAAAAACACAUUGCAGACUCUCAAACAGUUUGAAGUCACACAGGAAGUUAGCAUGACAAAGUCAAGCCCUCAACUUCCUGUUCCUGUUUCUCGGUCGCUCUUGCAAUCUGCCGUGACAGAAAGAGAAGUCAGGGAGACCUCCAGAGACGUAUCUGAGAGUGAUAUUUACCCCAGAGAAACAGGGAGAGAGACAGCACACCAUGUAGAGAGUGGAACAUUUGGCAUUUGGAGAAGACCGGAUAUUGACAGAGCAUAUGAAAUACAGAGAGAGGAAGAGCUGUUAGAAGAAGACUAUCUUCCUCCCUCUCUCUCUCCCUCCCCACCUCAUUCACACUCACAAGACAUCAUGAGUCGGAUAUAUAACCUCAAGACGGUCAGCUCUAGGACUGCGGUGUGUAUUGGCGAACGGGCUGCUGAUAUUCCAACACAUAGCGGUAAGAUACAGGGGCAAUACAACCCCAUCAGACAUGCAUCAUCACCAGACAUUCAGCCAGAAACUACCAAACUGUGGAAUCAUGGGACGGACAGAAUUGGUGACACAAAAGAGACAGUGGAUUCGACAGGUGUUCAGAUGGUACAGCAUCAGGUAGAACGACUGCAGCUUAAGGAACAGGAAGGAGAAUGUGGUUCCCACAACAUCAGAAAGGUACAGUCGAGCAUUCAGAGUAGUCUGGCUACAGAACAGGAGGUAAGGAUACCCGAAGGUCAGAAGAGACCAGACAUUCUCAGAGAGAGGCAAAAGUCACAAACAACUACAACCCCAAGAUUUCCACAAGCCCAACAGAAAAUCCAGAGGUUGCAUCCCAAAUCUGAGCAGCUCAGGUCAUUCACAGUCAACGCCCAAUCAACAGAGCCCUCUCCAAAGCCCUCAGAACAAGGCAACAACCUUCCGUCAUCCUCUUCUCCCUGCACCCCAUCUCCAUCCCCCUCUCCACCUCUCUUUUCCAUCAGGAGUGCCUCAGGUGGACCCGGAAAGAGAGGAAAUACCAUUACAAUCACCCCCAGGAGACCUGGAGGAGCAUCCCCUUCUGGAGGGGCCCCCUCUCCCUCCAGAGUAGUGCCUCAGGGCCCAGCACCCACACCAGCCUCAAGUGGCACCAUAGAAGCAGGGAAAAAGAGGUAUCCCACAGCAGAAGAGAUUGAGGUGAUCGGAGGGUACCAGAACCUUGAGCGGUCGUGCUUGGUAAAGAGCAGAGUGACACAGAAAGCUGUGAAGGUGUGUUUCGAUGACACUCAGCUGGAGAAAGUUUGUGAGUACCCUUCAGAGGACUGUGUGCUUGCAUCCCUCCCCUGCUCUCCUCAUCCAGGGCCAGAAGACAUGAGGUGUGGGGAGGAGCAGGAGGUUGAAGUACAGGAUGAAGAUGAUGAGGAGGAGAGCGGAGCGUUUGUGUCCCGCACUGACAUGAGUAGUGUGUGCACAGGGAGGGUUCGAUUCCUAAAAGUGGAUGAAUCCUGUAAACGUUAGCCAUCAGUCUGCGUGAUGAACAAUGGUAACAUUUAGUUUUUGAAUUGUUACAGGUUUUUAAUUCGUUUAGUUCUAUCCCUGUACAGACGCUUUAAGUGAUGAUACAGUUUGUUUUCAUUAGUCCUGCUUGUCUUGUCAGAAAAUAAGUGAGAUUUUACAAUUAAUUAUUUUAAAAGCAUUUUUAUUUUGUUCCCAAUCAGAGAAAAUAUUCUAAAAAUGAACUUUGAUUUCAUGCUGAUUGUAUGUUAAUGUGUGCCGUACAGCCUGAUGAGUGCUGCUUUAUCACAGAGAGAUGUCCUCAGGUCCUAUAUGAUGGUUUGCACAAUUUACAUGUUUUACUAAUAAUAAUCCUGUAUGGUCUGAGUAUAUUUUCACAAUAACUGGAAAUGGUGGGUUAAUGCUAUAUUAUAUUUUUCUGUAUUACAUUUGAGGGGCUUUUUUAUUAUUUAUAAAUGAAAAUGUAACACUUGAGUGCUCAGCUGUGAUGUUGCUCUAUCGUUGUCAUUAGUAAUUGGAGUAAAGACGAGAAAUCAAUUGUUCCUUAUGAUCAAACUGAGCCAUAUUUAAAACAUCUCUGUGUUAGUUUACUUUGAGCUCUGGUAAAUGAUUAUGUCAGUUGUGGAAGAAUGAUUUUGGAUUAAUAAAAGACGAAAUAUUU